AUGCAAGCAACGAAUAAUAGAGCCGAGGGCGCAAGCUCUAUUGCAUCGGCUUUCGCUUCGCUCUCGAAUGGAAGUACCGAGCUCCCUCCGAGAUUUGUUUCUUUGAAGCGAGAUAUAAUAUCGGACGAAGAUGCCGUUCUAGCUGGUUGGAGUCGUCUUCUAGAACGAGUUUCUCUCAAGAAAUUGCAGAAUUUUGAUACCACCAUGAUUCCCGAAGUCGAGUUUCGCGACAUCGCCGCCAAUAAUGGGAAAAUUCCCAAAGAUAUCGUCAAACGAAUUCGCGAGUGCGGCACAAUCGUCAUCAGGGGCUUGGUAGACGAAGCGMAAGCCAUGAAAUGGAAAGAGCAGAUCCGAGACUACUUGAACAAGAACCCUCAAACAAAGGGGUUCCCGGCAAACGAUAUCCAGGUCUAUGAGCUUUACUGGUCCAAAGCGCAGUUAGAAGCUAGAGCUCAUGAGAACAUGCUUAUGGCUCAAGUCGCUCUCAAUCGGGUCUGGUCUGCGAAGCCAGAGGAUCCCGUAGACCUCGAGGUUCCGCUGACGUAUUGUGAUAGAGUCAGGAUGAGAAAACCAGGUGAUCGCUCCUUCAACCUCGGUCCACACCUUGAUGGUGGAUCGCUCGAGCGCUGGGAAGACACCGAAUAUCGAAAGUGUUACUCCAAAAUCUUCAGUGGGGAUUGGGAGAACCAUGAUCCAUUUGAUGUGACUCAUCGCUUGAAAGCUACUGUCGAUAUGUACAAUGGUCCUGGAGGCUGUUCAGUAUUCCGAUCUUACCAGGGAUGGCUUUCUCUCUCGGACUGUGGUCCUGGAUCAGGAACUCUGCGCGUAAUGCCUGAUCUCGUGGCUUCAACAGCAUAUACGCUCCUCCGACCGUUCGUUCGACAGACCCCAAACGGCCUCGGCUGGGAACUUAACCUUGACACUCCACAGUUCCACGGUGCAGCCAUGGGCGCAGGCCAAGAGCUAGCUAUUACCACUCAUCCCCAUAUCAACCCUCACGGUUUCGUCUCAAUUCCUCGCGUUCGUCCCGGCGAUGCAGUCUUCUGGCAUUGCGAUGUGGCGCAUAUGGUCGAAGCUGAGCAUCGGGGUAUGAGCGACUCGAGUGUUUUGUACAUUCCGUCGGUACCACUAUGUGAAGUCAACAGCAAAUAUGUCAAGAGACAGAGGGAGAACUUUGAACAGGGUAUUGCUCCACCGGAUUUUCCGGGUGGUGCUGGAGAAAGCCAGCACAAAGGAAGAGGCMAGAGCGAGGAUAUUAAAUCUACCCCCGGAAGACGGGCAAUGGGGCUUGAGAGAUUUGAAGUAUCUGAGUAUGUGACGACGGGGCAGAGAAUCGCUGUGGAUGUUGCCAAUGCAAUCCUCGGAUUCGAAGUGAGUGAUUAA